CGUACGCCGCGCGGAGAGCAUCCUGGGGCCGGAAGGAGGUGGACACUCCUGUCGCAGAUCCAGGCGGCUCGUGUGGUAAGCGGGCGCGUGGCUGCCUAGGACGGCGUUUUGCUGGGGCGCGUUGUUCGUGCGCCGAGGUCAGAAGUGGCCGAAAUUCCGGUGUCGCUGUAGAACCUGAGAGCGCGUGUCAGCCAUGGUGGGGAGAUCCCGGCGGCGCGGAGCAGCCAAGUGGGCAGCUGUGCGAGCCAACGCAGGUCGCAACCCUGCUGACGAAAAUGAAGAUGAUCUAGGAUUGCCACCCUCACCUGGGGACUCCAGCUACUACCAAGAUCAGGUAGAUGACUUUCAUGAGGCACGAUCCCGGGCAGUCUUGGCUAAGGGCUGGAACGAAGUAGAGAGUGGAGACGAGGAGGAUGGCGUUGAGGAGGAGGAGGUGCUAGCCCUAGAUAUAGACGAUGAGGACGACGAAGAUGGAGAGAGUGCGGGGGAUGAGGAAGAUGGUGAUGACGAUGAUGAUGGUGGGAGCUCCGUGCAAAGUGAGGCCGAGGCCUUUCUGGAUCCCACUUUGUCCUGGGGACAGAGGAAAAAACUUUACUAUGAUACUGACUAUGGUUCCAAGUCCCGAGGCCGGCAGAGCCAACAAGAAGUAGAGGAGGAGGAAAGAGAAGAGGAAGAGGAAGCACAGGUCAUUCAGCGGCGCCUAGCCCAGGCCCUGCAAGAGGAUGAUUUUGGGGUUGAGUGGGUGGAGGCAUUUGCAAAACCUGUGCCUCAGGUAGAUGAGGCUGAGACACGGGUCGUAAAGGAUUUGGCUAAAGUUUCAGUGAAAGAGAAGCUGAAAAUGUUGCGAAAGGAAUCACCAGAGCUCUUGGAGCUGAUAGAAGAUCUUAAAGUCAAGUUGACAGAGGUGAAGGAUGAACUGGAGCCACUGUUACAGUUGGUGGAGCAAGGGAUCAUUCCACCCGGCAAAGGAAGCCAAUACUUGAGGACCAAGUACAACCUCUACUUGAAUUACUGCUCCAACAUCAGUUUUUAUUUGAUCCUGAAAGCUAGGAGAGCCCCCGCACAUGGACAUCCUGUUAUAGAAAGGCUUGUUACCUACCGAAAUUUGAUUAACAAGCUGUCGAUUGUGGAUCAGAAGCUGUCCUCAGAAAUUCAUCAUCUACUCACACUUAAGGAUGGUGCUGUAAAGAAAGGACUGAAUCCAAAGGCAAAAUCCACCAAGGCCAAACCAAAGUCUGUUUCAAAUACUUCCACUGCUGCCUCUGCUGUUACAGAUCUUUCUGAUGAUUCCGAUUUUGAUGAAAGAGCUCAACUGAAAUACUAUAAGGAAAUAGAAGACAAGCAAAAGUUGAAGAGGAAGAAAGAAGAAAAUAGCACUGAAGAACAGGCUCUUGAAGAUCAAAAUGCAAAGAGAGCCAUUACCUAUCAGAUUGCUAAAAACAGGGGACUUACUCCUAGGAGAAAGAAGAUUGAUCGCAAUCCCAGAGUGAAACACAGGGAGAAGUUCAGAAGAGCCAAAAUUCGAAGAAGAGGCCAGGUUCGAGAAGUUCGUAGGGAAGAGCAACGUUAUAGUGGUGAAUUAUCUGGCAUUCGUGCAGGAGUUAAAAAGAGCAUUAAGCUUAAAUGAAGUUUUUGCUUAAGGUUUUUGGCAAUAAUUUUAGAUCAAUAAAUUUUUAUUUUUAACU